AUGAUUCCUCCCGAGCUACGCGCCCUGGCGCGGGUGGUGAGCGACGUCGACAGCAAGCAGUUUCCCGAGCUCUUCACCCCCGUUGGCCUCAACCCGCCUGUGCAGGAGCUUGAAAUGCUGCUGGCGGAGAUCACCGGGGCCCCCCUUUCCGCGAAGGAAUUUCGGCAGUUUCAAACGGUGAUAAUGGAGCAGAGGCACCACCUGCGCGGGGUGGACCUCACGACAGUGGCGGAGUCGCAGGUGGGCACCGCGCUCUCCCUCACCUCACGCCUGGACACCACCUGCACGGAGGCGGAUGUGCCGCUGGCGCACGUCUUUCCUCGCAUGAAGGAGGCACACAACUUCUUUUUGGGCAUUACAUCGUUCAAAUGUUCGCUGAAGCAGGCCCCCGUCUUUUACCGCCUUUCCGAUGCAUUAUGCACUCUGCUGCUCCGCGCACUGGAGGAGCUGCAGCGCUACAUGGAUGAGAUGACGCCCUCUAGCCCGGUGCGUGGCGGAGCAAAAGGAAGAUCCAAAGGCAGACCCUCCUUGGAGGAUGAGGCGCAGGAAGACGCGAUGCUGUGGGUGUGUGAGGGAGUGCCGCUCCCUGCUGAAUUUGAGUGCGUCUUUGCCGAUAUCGACGGCGACGUCGGGUUCCACUUGGCACAUCUGCGCUGGUACGUGGAGGCGUGUCAGCAGUCGAGCGGCUUCGAUUCAGGCACGUACUUGGGGGACGUUUCCGUGCAGAAGAUUUGGAACACCUACGUGGGGAAGGAGAGGUCGGCGUGCUUUGUGGAGAACUUUGCACCCGCGCUUCAACUGUUCCCUGAAUGGUCGCGCGUGCCGAUUAUGGAGGUCGUCAACUACCGGGGGUGCGGGGUAGUUUCGCUCUACACCCUGAAGCGCCUCCUCAGCGUUUGGGGCCCUUUUCUCCUGCUGGACCGCAACAUGAAGGAAGACAUGCGAGUGGGGCUGUUUGAGCUUGAGCAUUCGCUGGAGUACCACCAAAAGGCGUUUGCGCGGCGCGCGGGGGCGGAGGAGGGGGACUGCCUCGCCACGCUGACCGACACCCCGGGGGAGGUGGUGGCGCUCGUCCUCCUGCGCCGGUCGAGGGACCGCGGCGGCGCGGACGGUGGCGGCGGCGCAGACGGUGGCGGCGGCCUGACGACGUGGAAGAUACGCUUCACGCAGCAAACCGGGGCGUGGGUGGCGGAGGGACUCACCAUGGCGGAGUACGACACCGUCUACGACGCCUGCUGCGCGUUUCCGGAGCUGUUUCGCCGGCCGUGCGGGAAGUGCUACCAACUCGUGGAGAACCCGGCGGAGGGCGACGCCCCGCGGGCGGAGUUCAACAACGCGACCGCACACACCGCCUCCAGCCUGCACCGCGCCUGCUUUCGCAACAACAGUCGCUACGUGAGGACCCUGCUGGAGCGGGGGUCUGCGGUGGUGGUGAACACCACCGUGACGGAUCCGGCCAUUUCGGCCCAGUUCUCCUGGACGCCCCUGCUGUGUGCCGUGAACAACCCCAACAGUGACCCCGGGGAGGUGGUGCGGAUGCUGCUGGGCGCCGGCGCAGACGUGAGCAUACACGACGAGGCGCAGUGCACUCCGCUCUACUACGCCAUCGCCAACGGCUACGUGGAUGCCGCACGCGCGCUGCUCGAGCACUUCCCGCGCCUCUCCACCUCCUGCUCCUCCGUCCCGCUGCUCGUGGCCCUCGGGGCGCACCACUUCCACGCGUGCGAGAGCGACAUCCGCCGCCUCUGCGACCUCAUCCCGUCGGCCGACAUGCUGCGGGUGCUCCUGCCGUACCAGACAAGCCUGCCCUUGCUGCAGCUCUGCGUGGACAUCAUCAUUGGCAAACUCAACGGCGAGGAGCGGCUGCAGCGGCCGACUGAUGACACCUCCAUUUGGAGCCCCAACGGCGCGGUGGAGCUCCGGACGCCGGAAGAGGAGGCAUUUCUCACGGACGUCAUUGCGUACCACAGCAGACUUUGCCGGAAGUUCCGCGAGGACGUCUCGGCCGCCGCCCGGCUUCUGUACAACCACUGCUACUUCCUUUCAUGCAGGGAGGCGUUCAAACCCGCCCCGGAGGAGGACUCUGCGGCUUCCGCGUGA